AUGGAGCUAAACGUCUUGAAAUGCGUCGUCAUCUCCUACAAACGUGGUGCAGCUCCAGUCCGACAUGAUUAUGUCCUCAAUGGAUCUACACUGAAGAGAGUGAACAAAGUACGCGAUCUCGGAGUGACAAUGACCCCUUCGCUCAACUCUCAAGAGCAUAUUGUCCACAUUACAGCCAAAGCAAGUUCUCUGCUCGGGUUCAUAUUCAGAUCGACUAGGAACUUCAACUCGCUUUUCACCUUGAUCACGCUCUACAAGUCCCUGGUACGCCCGCUGCUGGAGUAUGGGUAUAUCGUCUGGUCUCCCUUCCAGAGAAACCAUGUCAACGAAUUGGAGAACAUUCAAAGCCGCUUCAUACGGAUGCUUGGACCGAGACUUGGGUUUACCUACCGCACCACCCCGGUUGACGAUGUGGAGAAGUCCUUCGCUCUUCUACCUCUAUCACUCCGACGUCAUCAUGCCGACAUCAUUCUGCUCUACUGGUAA